AAUACCGACCUAGUCAAGGAUACCUACCUACUAAUUAGAAUCUUCUCUUUCUGUGAUGUAAUUUAUUAUGUAUGGCAACCAAUCCAUGACCUUUACUUUAUUUGUAUCCUACUUCUUCUUCUCUUGGUAGAGUACAUGAAUACCCUGGGGACUACAGACGAUACACGUUGAAUUUUAACGCUUUGAGCUUGUUACACCUGAAUAAGUUACCUGGAAUUAACGGCAAGUUCACGAUAAACAGCCUCGCAGCUUGUAUACAUACCUACCUCCCUACCUAUCAGGAAAACCUAAUAAAUAAACCAUUCCUGGUAGCGGCGGGUGCACUUACUUGGACUUGGACUUGGACUUGGACUUGCACUUGGACUUGGACUUGGCUUUGGCUUUGGCUUUUCCCUUUUAUAAGCUACUGUGUGAACCUUUCAUUACUAGGUAUUUUACUUGGUUUCUGCUUUCCAGCUUCCAGUUUCCAGUUUCCAGUUUGCUUGCCUGUCUAAAUAAGGUGCUUGUCAUCUGCCGUCCACCCCCCAUCCCCUUCCCUAACUACAUAUCAACAACCUCAGAGAAAAUACUUUAUUUGCCCAUCAUGGCUUAUAAUGCUAUUGAUCAAACGGAUCAUGAUAAAGAUCAUCAUGAUGACCACGAAUUAAGCUCUGCUUCUUCAAAUUCUCCAUUCCAAGGCCUUUUACCAAGUCAUCUAUUUUUAGAUGCGCAGAAUAGCGAUACGAGCCACAGCCAAACAUGGUCUCCAGAAAACCCACAGAGUCUCAGUCAAAUGGUACAAUCGAUUACCUCGAAAAGUACGAAAACGAGUGCCACUUAUGAUAUUCUAGAAGAAGACGAUUACGAAGAGCACGGGGUAGAACGAGAGCAAACGUCUCCCUCACUAGGGCUAUCACCAGAAAAGAAGAACGUCACAUCACCGGAGGAAUCUCCACCGGAGAAACCCCUAGUCGUGAGCAUUCCACGGCCCCUUCCACGGCAAAAUACAGCCACAAGGUCGUCCAACAAUACAACCUCUCCUAUAUCACCUCGUGCAGUAUUCCCAAUAGAACGUGCGCCCAUUGUUCGUACAGCAUCAGGUCACAGCAUUGCCUUGCGACAUCCGACCCCCGACCUACAGACGCUGCAAGGGGCUUAUGUAGGGAAUAUUGAUAAAUUAGAAAGGACAGCAGAACGAUUGAGUAUGACCUCCUCUAUCGACGAUGCCAUUCGAGAACUCCAUAUGGAGCAGAAGCGCUCGGAUAGUCGCCGAUCAUCAAUUCUGUCCCAGCUUAACGAAAUGCCGCAAGUGUCGAGAGAAGUUUCCAAUCCCAGUUCCAUCAUCGAGUUAAAUAAUGCAGCGAGGUCGGGAGGGUAUUCGCCAGCCGGGUAUAUGAUGUCUCCAAAAGGCUCCUUCUCCACUACUACACUAGCAAGAUCCGCAUCAAAGAGCUCGAGAUUCGGGAAUCGACCAGAGCCAGAGUUGGAAGGAAGACCAUUGGAUUCAUUCGUCAAUAUAUCGUUCCCAUCACUUGUUGAAAACCCAACGCCUUCAAUCGCGGAACAAGAUGAACGUUCUGCGACCUUAACACGCCCAGCUGCUGACAACUUCGGCACAGAAAAUAUGGCAGAGAGUAAGGCAGAGCAUAUGGCGGAGAAUGUAGCAGAAAACAUGGCAGAACAGGUCAACGAGUCUCGGCCUCAAACCUCAACAUCAACCAACACAUUUGACCAGGCGGAGCGGAUGUUUGCAGAUUUUGAUGGAGUUCAUUCUGCACCUCUGAGAACAUCUUUCGACUACGGCUUGAGUAUGGAUGAACAUAGAAGGACUACAUCGGGGGCGGCUGACUUGGAGCUACAUGAAGAUGAAAGGGGAUAUACAUCUGCUGCACAACUUUUGCCGGGGGACAAUGACCAGAGAAGGAUAUCAUCCGGGGAUCGACUGUCAAUGGCUAGACCACAGACAUACGCUGACCCAAGUACUGGGCAACAGAUGGUUUAUUAUCCAGCCAGAGUUCCUAUGAUGCUCAAUCUACCCCAGAAACUCUCAAAAAAUCCAUCUUCUAUGGCAAGAAAUAAAAGAAGGUCUCAGGUUCUCGGCAACAUUCCACCUGCGGCUCGGCAAUCAGCUGUCUGGCUACCGGACGUGUUGGAAGUGAACGGUGAGCCUCUGCCCGAGAAUGACGAAGCGCAAAACCUGGAAUACAUUCCUCAGCACCAGAGAAUGAAUAUGGGUGGGCGGAGAAAUACACAGGAUCUAUCGCACAUGCCGCCCCACUUGAGAGCAAACUUAUUUUUCGAACUGCCAGAAGGGCAGACAGGUGCUAUGGAGUUGAAAGACCAGUCAGCUGUUGCUACAUUGGACAGCAUCCUGGAUGCCUCUGCGCAUGCUCCCGUUACCGCAUUUGUAGACCAUGCAAUUGCCGGACAUCUUGGCUCCGAGGUGUAUGGGAAAUCGCAUCAACGAAACAAGAGCAACACUCAAUUAUUGACGCCGGAUAAGCAAGAUAAUCCAAAGAAACGGACGAGCUCAUUCAACUUUCUGUUGGGUCGUCGGGGGAGUAGUAACAAUUUACUGGGAGACAAUGACAAACGUGCUGCUACAAUGACUAACAUUCAGGUAGAAAGAAAGGCGACGAGAUCUCCUAUCGAGGAUGACGAAGAUGACAUCAAUAACAAGGACACAACACCUUUACGGCAUACGCGCGGAGUCAGUGGUGCUACUGAUCUCAUACGGGCGGAGGCGGGUGAAGUAGAGAGCGAAGAGGAUGAGGGUCAAAGGGACGAUGAACUUUACCACGGCCCACCGACCACACUUCUUGCCGAACUACAGUUGCGCAAGCAGCAGCAGAAGAUUCGGACUCGGCCCCCACUAAAUGUGAAUGGCAUGCAGUCUACAUUACUCGAGAUGGAUACCGUUCUACAAAGGCAGCAGCAAUCCAGGAAACAAAAGCGGGUCAACCUUGCAUGGCAAAUUGGUAAUAAUGACGACCCAGAUGCUGAAGAAGACGAGGACGUCCCCUUGGCGAUGUUGAAUGUAACAAGAGCCCACGCUCAAGAAAUCAAUCGGCCGCUCGGUUUAAUGGAGAAACGUGCUUUAGAAGACAAUGAGCCACUCAGUCGACGUAGGGCCAGGCUGACGGGUCAACCUAUGCCAAUGCCAAUGCCUCGAGCUAAUACUAUGAUGCACAUUCCUACAGGCAGUCCUGCUCUGGAAGAAGACGAAGGAGAAACACUCGCACAACGCAUCCGUCGUCUGAAAGAACGUGGGGGCACAGCAACUGGGUUGCCGGCUACGCGACCUGUCAGCGGCGAUUUUGCAUCUGAGCUGAUGAGUCAACUCGGUGGAGAUCUAAUGAAUGAUGAUGGCAAGGGCAAGGAAAAUGAAGUCUUGACAGCUCCUGUCAACGAAGAAGAGGAAACCCUGGGCCAGAGACGCAAACGUCUCCAAGCAGAGCGUGAAGCUCGUGAAAAAGAAGUUGGCACUGCUGGUGAUGCAGAAGUAGUCCCGGAGCCUUUAGUCAUUAACAAAAUGAAUAGUAUGGCAGACAUUCUCUCCGCGCACCCAGCUGCCGGCGCAAGUCGAAAUUCCUCUUUUAGCAAACCAUCCCGACCUGCCGGUGGUCUUCUAGGGAUGCAUGAGAAGCAAAGCCAGCUAAGAGCUACUACAAUCAACAAUCUGGUCACACAACAAAAUUCGGCUCCCCGCGUCGUUCGUGUCCACAGUGGCACGCACAAUGAUUCCUAUGCCCAAGGACAGCCUGGUAUGAUAAGACCACACACUUCGUACAAUCUUCCAAGCAGUGGUAACCCGCAAUUCACUCAACCCGCCUCCAUGAACCCUAUGACGACCCAAUAUGGAAAUGCCUACCUUAACAUGGGAUAUCAAAACACCAUGCCUAUGGGUGGCUAUAAUAGCAUGAUGCCAAUACAGAUGCAGAUGCAAAAUAUCCACACAAACCCCAUCACUGGCAUGCACACUGGGCCUGGUGGCGAACCGCUUAAUCAGGGGCAACUUGACAUGGUCGAGCGAUGGAGACAAAGUGUAAUGCACUAAAUCUUUCCUCUUAUCCAACUCGUGAUUUUUUAUUCUUUUUCAUUUCUCGUCUGCUUUUGUGACAUUCAGGUUUCCAGGAGUGCGAGGAAGUACCAAGCAACACUCGAAAGGAUGGAUUUAUAGAUAGAUACACAUGGAAGCAAGCAUUUACAGUUGGCGUUUCACUUUAUUUUAAAUUUGAUAUUUGAAUUUGGAGAGAUUUUGGGAUACUUGGGGGUUGGAGAGUUGCGAGAUAUACCUUUUUCACCCCCGCCUGUUUUUAGAAGAUGGUAGGGUUGAAAGCAUAGCGUGGAAUAUAUGGAUGGCAUUAAAGACGUAUAUUUUUCCCCCCCUUUUGUGGCAAGGAUGGAUCGUUUGUAUAAGAUACUAAUAUGGAUGGAUUUGGAUUUGAAUUUGGAUUUUGAUCUGGAUUUGGGAUUUUGGGAAUUUGGGAUUUUGGAUUGGAGAAUCUGAAACUGGUUAUUUAGAUGGGAGGGUUUGAGGAACCUUGGGAGAUGGUUACCGUGUUGUGCUGUGCUGUGCUGUAUUGUGCUAAUGGUGGGUGGGUGUGUUUAUAUAGUAGAUAC